AUGGUAGGCACAGAUCAGGCAGAGGGGAGCUUUUGGAGGCGCGUCAUGUUUGCAUACGAGGAGUUCAAACCCGACGGCGCCGAGAGGCGCGACCCAGAACAGCUCCGGAAAAAGUGGGGUAGGAAUCUCCAUGCGACCAAGCGGUUCGCGUCCAUAUACAAGAACAACCUUCGCCGCGCUGAGAGUGGCCGCAGCGCAGCAGAUGUUAAGAACCUGUCGAUCGUGGCGUACGAGGUGGGAACAGCUCCUGGGCCAAAGCGCACAAGGCACAACCUUGCCGGCGACUACAGCAGUGGAAGCGGCUCACAAGAGUUCGAGCAGUCCGACGAACAAGAAAAACACAAGGCUCUGAGUCUGGAUCCUCAGAGGAAUCAUCACCUUCAUUUUUCCCCAAUUCCAAAUCCAAAUCAAGAAGACCAAAACCACCACAAUUAUGUAGCGGAGCACUCCUCCAAUGUGCAAUUCCACCACCUCCUCUACGGCGGCGCCGCCCGGCUAGACUUCAACCCCCCGCCGCCGCCACCGAGGAAGCGGCCGCCGGAGGAGGAGGAGGAGGAGCAUGCGAGGUUGCGGGAGAGCAGCAGCAGCAGCCGCCGCCAGCAGCAGCAGCAGAGGGCGGUAGGGGAGGUGGUGGAGGUGCAGGGCGGCCACAUUGUCCGCGCCACCGGCCGGAAAGACCGCCACAGCAAAGUCUGCACCGCAAAAGGCCCCAGGGACCGGCGGGUCCGCCUUGCCGCCCACACGGCCAUCCAAUUCUACGACGUCCAAGACCGCCUGGGCUACGACCGCCCCAGCAAGGCGGUGGAUUGGCUCAUCAAGAAGGCGAAAUCCUCCAUCGACGAGCUCGACCACCUCCCCUCCUGGCACCCCACCGCCGCCGCCCCCACCUCCCAAGACUCCGACUUUAAGCAACACCACCCCGAUUCCACCGCGCCUACCUCGUCAAUUAAGCCGCCCACCUCCUCCCAGAAUCAAAUUUCCAGCUUCCUCCCUCCCUCCCUCGACUCCGACGCCAUCGCCGACACCAUCAAGUCCUUCUUCCCUGCCGGCGGCGAGCCCAGCCACGCCCAGGACCUCCGCCUCUCGCUGCAAUCGCUCCAAGAUCCAAUCUUGCACCAGGCCCAGGCGGCGCCGCCGCGCCAGAUCCUAUUUAGCGGCGCCCCAUUUGGAUUCGAAGGCGGCGGCGGCAGCGUGAAUUGGGUUGACCAGGCGGCGGAUCUCAGCCGGCUCCAGCGAUUCGCCGACGCGGGAUACUUCUUCAACAACGCGGCGCCACCGCCGCUGCCGCCGCAGAUGCUUGGCCACAGCCAAUUGGUUUCAAUUUCACAGAGGGGACCCCUUCAGUCCAGUAACACGCCUUCAAUCCGUGCUUGGAUCGACCCGACCGUCGACCACCACCCGCCUUUCUUCUCCGGGUUCCACAUCCCUGCGCGGAUUCAAGGUGAAGAGGAGGAGCACGACGGCUACUCCGACAAGCCGUCGUCCGCAUCCUCCGAUUCCCGCCACUGACCUCCUCUCAAUACUCACCACACCAAAGCCCCUUUCCAUGUCUUGGAAGAGUGAUGGUGGAGGGAGUUUGAGGAGGGCUCGGUGGCGAGGCAAGCGCGGCCGUGAGGCGAGGAACGAGCCAGGUUUCUCGUUGUUUCCGGUUCGCUACUACUUGAAUUAUUAGUACUAUUGUGUGUUGUUGUUGUUAUGUACCAUGCCUGAAUGAGCCACCUGAGCUCCUCACCAGAUUGCUUCGCUUUGUUUUGUUUUCCCUUUGCUUUGUGUUGAUGGAUUGACUCCACCGUGUUUGUGUGUUUCAAGAUGUUGUUUAAUGAUGUUUUCACAUUGCUAGUUA